AUGAAUGCAUGCACCCAAAUAGAUAUUUCAUUUCCUCCUGUAAAGAAAAACACACAACAACAACAAACACGCAACGCGCCACAAACAACACCCCGCGGUGACACAGAAGUUGCAAAGGCAGAUACAUCACCAGAGAGAGAACACAGCCAGCUCAUACAUACAGAAGGAAAAGCAAGCAACAGUAACAACAAAAAUAACAACAGCAGCAGCACAAACACCACAAAGAACAACCUCAACACUUGUCAAUCUGUACCUUUUGCAACAAACGAAACAAACGCCGCUCCUCCUCCUCCUCUCUCUCUAGGUGCUGAGAGUGCAGCAGAAAAGGGCGACGAAGACGAAGACGAAGACAGAGAGAAAAACAAAACGCAUCAACAGAGAAGGCUGCCGAAGAUCCUCUUUGAGCCCGCACCCAAACGGCCUCAGCUCUCUUCCUCUUCUUCUCCUGCAGCAGCAGCAGAAACUCCUAAGAACGAAAAUCAAGGACCUGACGCAGAAACGGAGAGAAGAGGUGGAGAAGAAAAAGCAGAUUCAGAUUCAGUAUCUUCUUGUGCACGCGUCUUUGUUCGUCGUGGCGACGAGAAGGUUACUGCAUCUAAAGAUAUUAAAAAUGCAUCUAGCCGGGAAAAGAUAUCUGAAAAAGAGGAAACAGAAAACAGCGCAAAGGUGAAACGACGCAGCAAACGAGAAGAAGCGGUGGGAGGCCUCGAACAAGGAAGAAGUGAUGAGAUGCAGCAGAUACUGUGGGGGAUAUCUGCUUUUAAUGAGGCGAAGACGGAACCCCCUAACAUGAAUAGCCAGCAGCGGCAUGGAGCAGAUACAGAUAAAGUAGAGCCGGCUGCGUCUGUUCAGUCGUAUGAUGGCUGCGAGAGGAGGAAUACAGGCAGCACACAGAUGUCGCCGUACUCGCAGAUAAACAGGCAACCAGCUUCUUGCAACUACUUGUGGAGGGGAAAGGCUUACGCAAACACACAAGGAGAUCAAGGUGGAAACUCCUCGCAGCGCUUGGGGCACCGAGCUCAGCCGUGGGCAAGGCAAGAGUCUGGACAACAGACGUACGCAGCUCUUAGCACGUUGAAGAUGAUGCACGGCAGCGGAGAACCAAUGGUUGAUCCGUAUGAAACGCGGGAAUCGUCUUGUCACCCUUUUUAUGAGAGCUAUUUUCCGCCUCCGCCUCCGCUCUCGCCUCGUAAGCCAUACGCGCCUCCUCACCCGACCAGUUACAGACGAAGCAAUGCCGUUCGUGGUGCCUCCAGCAGCUGGGGGGGAGGAACUAUUGGACAUGGCACAGCCCAUGCUUUUUCUGCAAGGGCUUGCGGGCCGUCUCCCCCUGCCGUCUCUCUUCAUUGGAAAACACACCGAGAGGGACAGGACUUCGAAUGCAGUGGGACGCAACUCGUUUAUGACUCCAGGCCUGCAGUGCCUUCUUCUCCGAUUCACGGGAGCUCCGUCACUGCCCAAGCUGACAAUGCCGUAUCCUUAGUUCCCAGAGGGACCCGGUCUCCUCCGUUUCAGUCAGAAUGUUCAGACGAACAGGUAGAGGCCGACAAGCCUAAAACCCUGCGAUCUCCGGAUUUGAUGGAUUGGCCUCGUCAUGAGGAGGAGCCUGUUGCUAGAGGAGGAGCUCUUCUAGCUCCCGACCAUGCAGGGGCGCUUCCGGGUAGUGGUGCAUCUGGCUCUACUUUGAAGCCUCCCUGUCGGAACAAAAACGAGGGAUCCAGUGUAACUUCGCGGGAGCGUUUGCUUACAACCUCUCCUAGUAGCGCUCCUCGAUCCUCCAAGGCCACGAAUGUUCAUAUAGCCCAAGACGGUAGCCAGUUUAACCGGGAUACUCCGAUAUCAAAGCCGUCCGAUGCCGUGACUGACCACAACUUGACUCCCGCCGCCAAGGUCGACUUGCAGACUGAAUACAAACUAUACUUGAAACAGCGUCUGGAAGCAGUUAUGCGUGGAGUGUGGAGCUGGCGUUCCGAGUCAGUUGAGGACUUCUCAGAAUAUCAUGAGAAGCCUUUUUCAGCGACUGUUGCACAGAAUGCAAUUAGGAAUGGCUUCACUCCAUACAUCCUGAUGCACUAUGCCUCAACUACAGGCGUAGAGGAAAGUCUGAAGCCACUGGACAUGUCUGUUCGCGGGAGAAGAAAUAUUCCCUUUUACGGCUUUUCGGAGGAGUUGGUCGAUUCAUUAUGCAGCGGCAUCGGUCACGGCAUGAUGUACUACUCCGUGAUUCCUGGUAGCGUCUUCCCCAUUCAUUGCGAGCAAGGUGGUCUCGGGGCAUUCAAUAUUAUUGUUGGGGCGCUGAUGCCCUAUACUGAGCAGUUGUACCCUUAA